AUGACAUAUGCCCAGCACAAGAAUUUGGAAAUAUUCACUCCUGGAAAGGACGAAAAGUAUUUCCAAACCCCGUUCAUCUCGACGUCAGCCAACAAGCAGUACCUUUUGAAUUAUGCCAGACGCAACGAAAAUGGUAAGCCGGAGAACCGUUACCUGUACCGUAUCAGCACCCGGGGAAUCAAACAGAAUUUCUUCGCUGCCAGCAAGCAGCUCAGCGACCAGUUCGACGCCGAAACUCUGGCGGAGAUGAAAGAAUACGGCACCAAUAAGAAGAUCCCUUGGAAGAAUGUUAUGGAUUGGUGGGUGAUUAAGCCUGAUGGCUCGGUCACCUAUGUCCCGAAAUCAGAUUCGAUUCAAUGGCCCGGAACAGCAGGAAGACGAGUACAUGGUCAAUACCGACCCAAAACUCGGCCUUCCCAAUAG